UGUUCAAAAUUUUUAUAUGUAUUUGAUUUUGAAUUUUUUUUGUUUUCGAAAUGUAAAAAUAACUAAUAUUUAAUUUUACACAAUGUAAAUAGUGCUACUGGAUACAUUACCGUAUCUUUUAAACCCUUUAAUGAUAACAAAGUUAUAGUGUUUGUAACAUGCCAAAGCAUUAUCCCGCAACCAAAAAAUGGAAGCUCUUUUUGUUUUCAAAGAAUAUCUAAACUUGCAGAAACCGCAACAGAUAAUGCUUUAAUUAAUCAUGUUGUAAGAUAUGAGUGAGAGUUAUAACAGAAUGUUGCUACGGCGUAGAUUUUGUAAACGAGUUGUGCUUCUGCUAACCGCCUUUGCUGUAUCGUUUUAUGCUUCAGUUUUACUAUUCGGAGGCCUUAAAGGGCCUCAGGUGAUGCGGCUCACAGAUCUGCAUCGUUGCCCAGCUUGUUACGGCGUAACAGUAUGCCCAGAGCUUUACUCAAAUCAAAUAACAUUAGACUCAAGCCAUUGGAAUAUGUUUAAUGCUAAGAACAUCUACUAUGGUUACACAAAAUCGAAUAGGAGGGUAGUUUUAAAAAAGCUAGCACAUAAUUGGGAACUGAAAGAGUUUGAUGACAAUCUUUGCAACAACUGGCGCUUAAAACUUGAUUGUAAGUCUAUACAAUUGCUCAACAUGACAAAUAUUGAUGAAAAGUUGCUAAAAAUAGUUGAGUUUAAUCUCACAUGGCCAGAUACUGAACCAAGAAAGGGGCUUGUGAUGUGCCCAUAUGCAUACAGUUUGUAUGAUUUCAUUCAGUCCUUCUUAAACAAUAAACGAGAGGGUUAUAAAUCAGAACUGAUAAAUAUUUGGACGAUGUUAAGUAUUAAUCCUGAACCAAUUAUUUUACAGGUGAUACCUAAGUCUAAAGGUUGGCCAGUACCACCAUUUGGAGGAGUCUGCGGUCGUCUGGAAGUUGUUGGGCAUGAAGGAGAGCCCUUAUCAGCAUUGCUAGAUGUAGCUUGGCAUAGAAAGUUGAAGUACGCACAGAAUAUAUUAGAUGCUGCUAUGGACUUCACUUUUAAACAUGAUAGAUUUCGUUUCUAUCUUAUGGAUUGGUCAUUAGACAACAUUGUUGCUAAUGAAAAAGACGAAAUUACCUUUGUUGAUUUGGAAGACUUGGUGGUGCUGGAUAAGCAUAUAUCCCCAAAGAAAGAUUUACCUGAUUGGUAUAAAAGGUACAGUAGAGAGGUCAUGGGACCAGGUUUUACAUUCUCUAUAGAAAACAUGUGUCGACAUCAUCUAAGUGACCAUAAUCUUUGGGCUGCAUGUUAUGUUUUAGCUGGAGAUGAAAGUCCCUUGUUGUACCCAAUACCAAAAGAUGUUAAUUCAACUAGGCCACACUUUGAUAGACUAUUAAGUACAUGUUUGAAUGGAGAGGACAGAUUUCUUGCAGUAAGCAAACUACAACAAGUCAUUGAAGAAAUGUUGUCAGAUCAAAAGAUAGUAGGAUUUGGUGCUGUAAGGUGAUAAUAAAUUUUCAUAGUGAAGCCCUGCCUAUUUAAAAUUAUUUUAUCUGUGAUAAUUUUUGGUCUGUGUGCAAAUCGGUGGUUAAAGUUAUUUUUAAUCUGUUUGAUAAGUUAUAUUCCUUUUGUGAUAUCAUGACUUAUUGU